AUGCAGUUCCUUCUUGCUUUGUCUAUCGCCUCUCUGGCAGGUCUUUCCGCCGCUUGCGACGCUUAUACAGGCGGUCUGCCAACAGCCACUGGCACUGUCUCCAGCAGUGCAGUCAUUGAGGUCGCCGCUGGCGAAACCUUUGACGGUGGUUGGAAGAAGUAUGACCGUGGAAGCGGUGCUUGCAGUGAUCAAUCCGAAGGAGAUUGGGAAGACGCAGUGUUCUAUCUUCACGAAGGUGCUACCCUGCAGAAUGUUAUCAUCGGUGCCAACCAGGCUGAAGGUGUUCAUUGUACCGGUUACUGCACUUUGAACUUUGUUUGGUUCGAGGAUGUCUGUGAGGAUGCCAUCACCAUCAAAAACGACGAGGCUGGCGACUACACCAACAUCAUCGGUGGUGGUGCCUACCACGCCGAGGACAAGGUCAUCCAACACAAUGGUUGCGGUACUGUUAACCUAAUAAUCCAACCCAAGAUCAUCAACUUCUUCGUUAGCGACUACGGGAAGCUGUACCGCUCUUGUGGAAACUGCAAGAGCCAGUGCUCUCGUAACGUGUACAUCUCCGGUGUCUACGCCGAGGACGGUGGAACUCUCGCUGGUAUCAACUCCAACUACGGCGACACUGCAACCAUUGUCGACUCGUGCUACGAUACGAGCCACCCUUGCACGCUCUACGACGGGUGCGAAGGAAGCUGCGAGCCCGAAGUCGUCGGUUACUGCAGUGGUUGAGCGUCUUCUUGAACGUGUCGCUUGUUAUUGGCAAGCCACCAAGUAUCUUUCCCUUCCCGAUAAUUUCUACAUUGCCUUCGUUUUAUUAUUCGUUUCUUGGAAAAUAAAAUGAUUGUAUUCGUUGCAUUCUGUGAGUUGGGAGUGUUUUCACCCAUACACUGGAAAGAAAAAGUCACCCACAGGCGCCGUGAUCAUGGUUUUAACAAUAGCACUUCCGAGCCUUGUCCAUAAAUAUGUCGUUUCGAUAACUGAUACACAAAUGAAACAAGAAGAUGACCAUUGGUGCAAGUUGCGCAUGAGUUGAGGAUGGCAUGGGUUUGGUGCUAACCUAGU